AUGAGUUCUAUUAGGGAUUCUGGAUCAGUGGCGGUAGAUUCUACUAAAAUGUAUGAUGAUUGGAAAAAGACUCUUAACCUUUCAGUAAAAGAUACUCGGCCGCAAACAGAGGAUGUAACAAAAACAAAGGGGAAUGAGUUUGAAGAUUUUUAUUUAAAACGAGAAUUAUUGAUGGGUAUAUUUGAGGCUGGAUUUGAACGUCCUUCUCCUAUACAAGAAGAAUCUAUUCCUAUUGCAUUAACAGGUCGAGAUAUUCUUGCACGGGCAAAAAAUGGUACUGGAAAAACUGCAGCAUUUGUUAUUCCUGCUCUUGAGAAGUUGAAUCCAAAGAAGCCUAAAAUUCAGGCAUUAAUAUUGGUUCCAACACGUGAGCUUGCUUUGCAGACAUCACAUGUUUGUAAAACUCUUGGAAAGCAUAUGGGAAUUAAUGUUAUGGUUACAACCGGCGGUACAUCACUUCAGCAAGACAUAAUUCGACUUAAUGAUCCUGUACAUGUAAUUGUUGGUACUCCUGGUAGAAUUCUGGAUUUAGCAGGAAAAGGUGUUGCAGAAUUUAGUGAAUGUCCUACUUUUAUAAUGGAUGAGGCGGAUAAGCUUCUUAGCAUUGAAUUUACUCCCGUAAUAGAACAGUUACUUGCAUAUUUUCCAAAAGAUCGUCAAAUUAUGCUUUAUAGUGCUACAUUUCCUCUUGUCGUAAAAAGUUUUAUGGAUAAACAUCUUUCUAAACCUUAUGAAAUAAACCUUAUGGACGAACUUACUUUGAGAGGAGUUACCCAAUAUUAUGCUUUUGUAGAGGAGAAGCAGAAGGUUCAUUGUUUGAAUACUCUUUUUUCUAAGCUUCAAAUUAAUCAGUCGAUAAUUUUUUGCAAUUCUACUAAUAGGGUUGAGCUUCUGGCUAAAAAGAUUACAGAGCUUGGCUAUUCUUGCUUUUAUUCUCAUGCAAAAAUGUUGCAGAAUCAUCGAAAUAGAGUGUUUCAUGACUUUCGAAAUGGUGUUUGUCGUAAUCUUGUUUGUUCUGAUCUUUUAACACGCGGUAUUGAUAUUCAAGCAGUUAAUGUUGUAAUCAAUUUCGAUUUUCCAAAAAAUUCGGAAACCUAUCUUCAUCGUAUAGGUAGAUCUGGUCGAUUUGGUCAUCUUGGUUUGGCUAUUAACCUUAUAAACUGGGAUGAUAGAUUUAACUUAUAUAAAAUUGAGCAAGAACUUUCAACAGAAAUACAACCAAUACCGUCAAUAAUUGAUAAACGUCUUUAUGUUUCUCCAAGUGCUCUUGAUGAGCCUGUUAGUAAUAAGGCUCCUCCCAAGCAACAUACUGCUAUUUCCCAAAGUAAUGGGAAUUCUAGUAAUCAAUCUAAUAACGAGCAAAGUUAUGUUCGUCAACAUAGUCAACGAGGUCGAGGUGGAAAUAGAGCUCGAUUCCAUGGUGGACGGUAUUCUAAUCGUGCAAACGGCCAUAUUAUAUCCUCGAAUGAUAAUAUAGUUAGGGAUUAG